AUUGUCCUGUAUAACAAUAGCUAAUGUUACCGACACCGACACAUUGUACGAAUGAUCUAUUGUUGUUGUUGUAGUUGUUAGUAGUAGUAGUAGUAGUAGUAAUAGUAAUGGUAUAGUAGUAGUCGUUAUUAAUAUUGUUAUUGCUGCAAUUUUUUAUCCAAUUUCACCCAGUAAAACGUGUUAGGUUUUGUUAUCCUGGUGUGCAGAGUCAUGUUGCCAAGUCAUGAAGGUCGUCGCAUGGUUCCCGAGCGUUUUUGUUUUAUUUUUAUGUGUGUUUGUUGUGUUUGACCGGGGGCUGUGUAUGGUGCAGGCGGCUGUAUAGGCAGCAUUAAGGACAAGACUGUGUUACGUGGUUAUCUGAUAGGAGGCUGUGGUGUGACAAAAGGUUUUAUGAUUGAUGACAGGUGACUGUGGUCUGUGGUGCAGGUAUAUGUUGUGUGCUAUGGUGUGUGAUCUGACCAUACCGAACCAUGUAAUGUGGUUUAGCGUGGUUAAUCAGACACGAGACUUGGGUGUGACAAUUUGUGGUAUGAUUGAUGAUACGGACUGUGGUGAAUGGUGCAGGUGGUGAUUUUGUGUGUUAUGGUGUGGAAUCUGACCGGAUAUGAGACCAUAUUGAACCAUGUAAUGUGGCGAGGCUGUGGUGUGACAAGGCGUAGUCUGAUUGAUGAUACGCGACUGUGGUGUGUGGUGCAGGUGGUGGCGAGGCAGCGUGUACAAGGUGGUGUGGAAGGACCUGAUCGUCUACCUGGUCCUCUACUACACCAUCUCCUUCGUCUACCGCUUCGCCCUGUGGGAGGAGGGGCGCAGGAACUUCGAGAGGCUGGUGAUCCACUGUUCCCGCACCCAGUCCGUGCUGCCGGUGUCCUUCGUGCUGGGCUUUUACGUGUCCCUGGUGGUGGGCCGCUGGUGGGAGACAUACCGCAGCCUGCCCUGGCCCGACAACACCGCUAUCCUCCUCGCCACGCACCUUGCCGGCCAGGGCGUGGGUCGGGAGGAGCGGCGCGCCGUGCUGCGGUACGUGGUGCUCACCAUCACGCUCACCCUCGCCACCAUCUCACCGGAGGUGCUGGCGGUAUACCCAUCCUUCGAGGUCAUGGUGAAAAAAGGCUUUCUAACGGAGGAGGAGGCGAGGCUACUUGACAAACACAAGGAAGAGAGUGAGCAGCAGGUGGCCUGGGUGCCCAUCGUGUGGGCGUGCCAGAUCGUGCAGCGCGCCAGGCAGGCGGGACGCAUCGCCACCAACCUUGGCCAAAAGGCCCUCACAGACGAGAUGCUGAAUCUGAGGGUGUCCUGCGGGAGGCUGCUUGGUUUCAACUCCCACAACAUCCCGCUCGUGUACGUUCAGGUGGUGACGCUGGCCGUAUAUUCCUUCUUCUUGAUCUCGGUGAUCGGCGGCCAGUUCAUUGACACCACCAAGGGCUAUGAGACCCACACCAUCGACCUUUACGUCCCCUUCUUCGCCAUCCUCCAGCUGGUCUUCUACCUCGGGUGGCUCAAGGUUGCCGAGGCUCUCAUCAACCCCUUCGGCGACGACGAUCACGACUUCGAGUUUCUCUCCAUGAUAGAGAGGCACCGCAAGAUGGUGGAGAUGUUGGGCGACUCUGCGGCCAACGACCUACCGUUCCUCGAUCCCCUCUCCAAGGAGGACGCUGAUUCCUCCGCCCCGACCAUGCACACCUCCGUCCCCAUCGUGGCCCCCACGGUGUGCCCUGUGAUAUGCAAGAUGAUAGAGACUCAACCCGCGUCAGCUGGGGGUCGCAUCGUCCAGGAAACCACGCCCCUCAUAACCACCAGCAAGGCUGAACCACCACUACUGCCGAAUAUAAGACAUAUAAGCCCGUAUUCCUAAGCGUAUCACCACCUCAGUAUACACUUGUGUGGAAAGACUCUCGUAGAAGUUGGAUUUUCAUGGACUGUUUUGCGAUCCUAAUGAUGGUUUUACUCGACUUCUGGACCUUCAACGGGUAAAAUCACCCAUGAAAACCUGAUUAAUCUUCUCUCUGGCCUUGAAAAUUGGUCGUAGUGGCAGCCCGAUACGUUUAAGAAGAUGGACUAUAGUUAAAACGUAUAGAUAUCGACAUGACAGGCGCCUCUACACAACAUACAUUUGCGAGGCGAGCAACUGACUGGAUGGGUGUGCAAAUACUCUUUAAGAUGGUGUAGUCUCAUUAGCAUAUUAUGUAAUAGGUGUUUUUGGGGUGGCUUAAUGCGUACUUAUGUGUGCAUGUGUGUGUGAUUGAGAUUUUUGUACAUUCUCAUGUUUUGGAAAUAUGUUGGAUGUCAGAUGUU